CUAUUCCUAAGCGAUAGCGACCUAGUCAUCACAAUCGAGCGAUAGCAUUGAAAUCUCGCUUGGGUCAGUGGCUGACAUAAUUCAAUUAACACAAAGCUCAGCCUGAACGCACACUUAUUAUCUGAACCAAAACAACGAUUAGUCCUGUGCUGGUUUUUAAACCCCCGUCAGCUGGUGUUUGUUUUCAUCAAUGUGUUGUAAAAAGGAUGUAGACCUUGGUGUUCCAGUCACAUAUUAUCGUACAUCAUGAGCGGUGUCAAGUCUAUUCAUCCAGGAUACCUGAUUUUCAGCAGUGUACUGUUAUUUCUUCUCACAUUUAGCGUUGCCGGUCAAUAUGUAGUUAAGGGUCAAAAUGGCGAUGACCAGGCUUCGUGGGUCAACACGCGAUCCGGUUCUCGCAAUGUGAUCACAAAAAUAAACAAGGAGAAGAGGUACAACCCACAAAAAGUAACGAACUCCGCAACAGAGUCCAUCAAAUGGCGCAAAAAGGCCAACUGUGUAUACGCGCCUCUGCAUCAAGCCAUCAGCAGGCAGUGUGUGACGGAGGACGAGCAGACGAAGAGAAAAAAUCCACCAGGAACUUCCGGCGGCACAGGGAUCCCACUUCAGGUUAAUGGAAUUUUUCCAAGUCUGGCCGCUGUGGCGAGCAGUGGACCUGGGCGGUCCGAGAGCGGGACAGGGGCAUUGAUGCCAUGGGCAGACCGUCUUUACAUGGUAUCUUACUUGUCUGUCCCGGACGCGGGAAGCGGGACCGGUCUCUACGCCAUAUACGAUAAUUUUGAGGUAAUCUCUUUAUACUUAUUAUAUAUAUAUAUAUAUAGUCUCAACAUCUAAAUAUCCCAGUUUUAUAUAUAGUCUCAACAUCUAAAUAUCCCAGUUUUACACAUGUAACUGAAUCGAGUUUUGAUGCACGCGCCUUAUAUUGUAUAUCUGUUAAUUUUAAAAAAAAAAUAUUUACAGAUAUUAAUUUACUAUUAUCACAUCAUUGGGUUUUGAGAAUUAUCUGCAUCUAAAUAAUAUAGACCAACUGAACACUGAUUUCACCACUGAUAUUCCCAUAAACAAUUACACCAGAAACAAUAGCAAAUGCUUCAAAGUGCCUCAGUGCAACACAGUGCAGUAUCAACAAUCUUUCUUUCACGAACAAUAAUAGCAUGGAACAACCUGAACGAUGCCACUGUGAACUCGACAUCGGUCGAAAGCUUCAAGGCUGCCCUGGAGCUAUUAGAAUAGCAACAUCAUACCCCCAACCGUUGCAAAAAUGCCAGAACGUGGAUGCAGCAACGAAACGAAACAUUACCAGAACCAUUUUUCAGACCUCAUUAAAAUUUUUCCCAAACUCUGCUUCGCUCCUGACCUACAUUAUCGCUUAAUGUGUCAAAUGAGCUUCUAUUUCUAUGUUAAGAAUGAUUCGUGAACACUGAUUUGUUGCAUGAGCAUUAAUCAGCCUACGUGUAUUGUACGUUUCUGUUCCAGAUGUAUAAGUUGGUAGACCACAACUCAACGUUCGCCAACCGCAUUCUCCACCGACAGACCAACCAGAUCGUCAUCGGUGCCUGGGUCAUCGACUUGGACGGCGAGAUCCGCACAUUUCAGGACUUGCUCAAAGUCAGAAUCGCUGCCACCGCCGAACACCUGACGAAACCCGAGACAAUGGUAGGUCAUGGGUUUCUGGGGUGUGUUGCCAGGUGUGUGUAUUCAUUGGUUUGAGGUCAGGUGUGUGUAUCCACAUGUGGGUAUCCAUAGGUGUAUAUCAUCCAUAGGUGUGCAUCCAUCCAUUGAGGUUUAUCCAUCCAUUGGGGUCCGUCCAUCCAUAGGGGUGCAUCCAUCCAUAUGGGUGCAUCCAUCCAUUGGGUAGUUUCCAUCCAUAGGGGGUAUCCAUAUGUGUUCAGUCGGGGGUAGUGGGCAGAAAAAAAUCCAUGGACCUGAUCUCGCAGUGAAACACUUGCUAUGGAUCGUAGAUGCUGGCGAGGUAGACUCACCAUCAGAAGCACAAUCAUCAUCAUUGAUUAAACGCCCCACUCACGUCCAAAUGAAGCGCACAGAAAGGAAAAGCUCAAUCGACUCCAAUCCAUCUCGUAUCCAAAUGCAUGCGUCAUACUUGCGGUAAGACCUUCAAGUAACACAUAGGCCUGGCAGGCCACCCGCGUACUCACCGAAUGAAUAUAGACUUUGUCAUUUUGUUAGGUAUUGAGACAUACAGCACUCCGUGCUGGACAUUGCAACACCCAGCUCCCUGUGCUAUUAACUGCAAAAUCCACCACCCCUUGUUAGAUACUGAAACACAGAGCAUUCCGUGUUGCAGAUCUGAACCUAAAAUCGGUCUUCAUCAGAAUCGGAGUUGUCACCCGCUUCCUUCUGUACUCAUCAGGUUUACAUGCUAGGGAUGGACGGGCCACUCUGGGAGUGCGACGUCGUGGCACUGACAUGCACUCAGCUGUUUGACCUGGUGGAGACGCUCAACAUCCCCGCCUCGCAAGGAGAGCAGCCCCACUUCAAGGCGGCCCACACCAUGAACGGGCGCCUCGUGGUGGCCAGCAACACGUUUGAACUGAACGACUUUAAAAAGUGAGCUGGUGAAAUGCACGACUAAAAUUGUGACUAAGACCUCAUUUGUAACGAUAUUGAAGGCAUUCAUUUAUUAAGUAUUGUGUACGUGUAAAAUAGGCGUACAAUUUCUAUGCGAUAACGCUGGUAAAAUAGGUAAACGAUAACGCUACUUUGCGAUUUACUCUUCUUUGCUUUUAUCAAGCUCCAGUUGAGCAAAGACCAGUAACACUAUCUUUAACGCCGCUUUACGCCAUUCGGUCUCUUGCAGAACUCUCUUACUCGUUCCAACUCUUUCCUAUUUUAAGCACACCCUUCUCUACCUCUCUACGCCAGCUGCUUCUGGGUCCCUCUCUGCCCCACCCCAUUCCUGUUUAAAGUUCAAUGUCAGAGUUUUAACUCAUCUGUGGCAUUGUGGCCCGUGCCAUGAGGGCUAAAUGAUGCUGGUCGUAAUUAUAAAAAUUACAAUGAUUUUGUAAUUGCAUUUACACCUAAUGCUGACACUUUGACAUUAAAUUUGUUCGAAAUUCCAAAUUUAAGAACUAUAGAAACACACACACACACACUAAUAACUUAUAAAAACAUAAAGAUGACAAUAUUUUCCCCAGCUUACAGCACGGUGGUCGGUUGGCGGAGUGGAAAGGACCAGGGACCAGCUGGACAAUCAUUUCUGAUACGGCUUUUGUGGAGGUCACGGGUCGUCGCAACUUUGGCCAGGUUAUUUACGCCCUGGGCUGGGACUUCCGGUCGGUGAUCCUCAAAGUUUAUGACGGAGAGGAGUCAGGUAAUAAGCAAGGUCACUUAUAUAAUCGCACCAAUCCAAGGCAGCUUGGGGGCUAUGCGUCUAUCGUUUAUCAACUUUCGCAUACUAGUUUUUUUGGUGGAAUUUAUUAGAAGGAGAAAACAAAUUUGUUUGGAAAAAGAAUAUUCAUUAAAUUUGUCUAGCUGCACUAUUUUCUUGAAAUCAAAACUGUCUAUUUAUGCCUCCAAAUUGCCCAUCAGUUCCUCAAAAUCCAAUUUAUAUGUUCUUUAAUCUAAUCUAACUCUAAUUUUUCAAAACAAAUUAUUGCUAAGAAGUAACAUAUUUUUCUCCAAUGGUUUGGGAUUUUUCAAAAAUUCGCAAAUAAAAGGCCCCUAUUCCGAGUAUAUAGUAUAAUCCUUUCAGGGCUCGUCUAUGAUCGCAAAAGCCGCUACUCGUUUAGAGAAACGAAAAUGAAUGGUUACUUCUCAUAAGCGUCCCUACAGUUAUAUAAUAUAUAUAUAUAUAUAUAUAUUAUAUAUAACGCGUGUUGAUAUGAUUCCACAGAGUACAAUUACUGGCAGACGUACAGGCUUCCCAAGGCGUCUCACGCCUUCGACCACCUGUGGCAGACCGAGUGGCCUCGGAUCAGGGAGGUGGAGACCGAGCGCUACCUCAUGGACAUGCACGGGAUGUUCUACGAGCUAUCGCCCCUGGGCUGGGCCGGCAGCACGUGGGGCAUACGGCCCAUCUCCCAGCACCUCCGGGUCGUCCCGGACUUUACGUCGUUCAGGGGCUUUCUCGUCUUAGGAGGGAAUCAGGUUUGGACCAGAGUCACGUGACAUUUGUAGGGGAUAGAGAAAUAGGCUUGACAGGAAAUGAGCUUGACUUGGGAGAUUAUCUCUAUUUUUUAGUGUUGGUUUUAGAAUGGGGAUAUAAAAUUCUGAUGUUUAAGUUUUACGAUUUGGGGACGGAGAGCGUAAUAAAGUCAAACGUUUUGGCUUUACGAUUUAAGGUGGUUUGGGGAAAAGAAAGUGAGGGGGGCGGGAAUCAAGUCAUUUGUUUUUGUUUUACAUGGGUGAUAAUCAAGCAUGUAGCUCUGAAACUACGUUGGGUACUCACUGUGGAUGUAAAGUUUCAAGUUAACUGCCCCAUUUAAUACUCUUGGCAAACAAAAACACAAAAAAAAGAAGAAAGAACGAAGAAAUCGACACUGCUUUCUAUUUUACCCGAAGCUCAGACCGUAGUGAACAGAAAAGUCUCAGGAGUCUUGAAGGGCUGUAGAUAUAUUCUCAUUGAGCCAAGAGUCGUGCCAUUAAAAAAAUAUCAUUGGUCGGAAAACACAUUUAAAGCUUUUUUAAAAAUUAAAUCACAGUACUUUAAGACUGCCAGCUUGUUUGAAAAAAUCAUUUCUACCUUGCCACCGACAGGUCUCCUCUAUAAUGGACAACAAUGUCGUCACAGGACAGGCGCAGUCAGGUCUCUGGUUCGGUAAAACAGACGAUCUCUGGAGCUUUGGCAAACCUCAGGUAAAUGAUUUGUCCCAGCUGUUCAUCCACCGGAACGUUGUAAUUAAUCGUAAAGGGUAAUAACCUUCCUUUGUUUUACUCAUUUCAUAAUUAAACAUAAAGGGUAAUAAUCUUACUUUUUUGGUACUCAUUUCAUAAUUAAACAUAAAAGGUAAUAACCUUACUUUUUUGGUACUCAUUUCAUAAUUAUACAUAAAGGUUAAUAACCUUCCUUUUUUUGGUACUCAUUUCAUAAUUAAACAUAAAGGGUAAUAAUCUUACUUUUUUGGCACUCAUUUCAUAAUUAAACAUAAAAUGGAACACGUUGUUCACUUUCAUUUUAUGUAUAUUUAAAAUCCAUCCGUUGCCUUCUGCCGACAUUGUUAAAUUUAGUCGGAAUUGAUUGAAAAGGCCUUUUCAAUCAUUGGAUUGAUAGGGGCUAAUUCUGUCUGUGGGUCCGAUGGUGGAUGAUAAGGCAGAUUCUGUCUGUGGGUCUGCAGGUGGAUGAUAAGACAGAUUCUGUCUGUAGGUCCCCAGGUGGAUGAUAAAAACGAUUCUGUUUGUGGGUCCCCACAUGGAUGAUAAGACGAUUCUGUCUGUCGGUCCGCAGGUGGAUGAUAAGGCAGAUUUUUUCGGCGGGUCCGCAGGUGGAUGAUAAGACAGAUUCUGUUUGUGGGUCCACAGGUGGAUGAUAAGAAUGAUUCGGUCUGUGGGUCCGCAGGUGCCCGAGAUUACCGCUUUUGGCACGAAAUGUUCUUGUGCAGUAGUUGCAAGGGAUGGAGGAUCUCCAGGUGUAGAGUUAACCCGGGCAUUUCUGGCUUUUCUUUCGUGCUCUGCGGCCAGUGUUCUGUUGACUUCAUGUCGUACGGUGCCUUUGCUUAAGGUUGAAUAUCAUGAUGCUCAACCCUUUGAUGAUUCUUCCCCACGUGUUAAGAAUUAUAUUGCACGCUUUCAGUGAGAUUUUAAGGUUGUUUUUUUAAUGUUUCUUAUGCGCUACAUCAAACCGGCUUUCGUGCUCGAAUUCGCAAAGACAUAAUAACCUUUUGUGCAAGCGUUCGUCAUUCUCGCAAAAUAAAUGCCCCGCCCAGAGAAGCAGGGACUGCAUUAAAAUGAUUAGGAUGGUAGGGAAAACUUCCUGUGCGAGUACCUGGAUUUUUCUGAAGCUUGCCGCGUGAAAGUGGUUCAAUUUUCUUGCAUUGCACUGACAGACCGUACACAUUUCACAUUCACAGAGAGGCGUAGGGAGCACAACGGCUUUGUAGACUUUUAGUUGAGAGCUGAUACCACUACUGGUCUUUUGCAAUAUUGCACGUUUUGCCAUAUGUUUGAGCUGGCUCUCGAGAUGAGGUUAACCUCUUCAUCGAUGGUUACGCUUACAUUAAUAUUUAUAGCUAAGACAUCAAUAAUGCAUUUCAGAAUUGGCUAGUGACAAAUACAUUUAUGUUUUUUUAUGCAGGAUUCCCUUGGUCUCUGUCCCACUUGAGAUACGAUGGCGUAAUUUAUUUGCACCAUCCUGUUGUGUAUAUUGAAUACUGAAAACGAAUGAAUGGUAGACCACCAGUCUGACACUCUCUGUAAGUCUUGAUUGGUUACAGACCCACCUUGUUUAUUACUCUUACCAUGGUCAUUGCACCCGAUUCGGCGAUUGAGUCUUCAACAUCUCAAUCAACGGAGACUCAGCUAGAGGCUGCAGACCCAUACACAUGGAUUGAUAUGGUUAAACGGGACAGUACUGCAUGCGCGAUGACUUACUUGUCUUCUUAAGACUUAUGGUCAAUACCAGCUUCAUGUGGGUGGGAGAGGGGCGACUUACUAGCUGUUGUAUCCCAUUUUCAGCGCGAAUGUUGAAGAGUGCAUAGUCCAUGAAUGAGAAACGUUUACAAUUUAACAUCGAGGCCGGUGAUGCUUAACAGUUUGCCAUCAGAAUUGAAGUCCAUGUAUCCACCAUUUACUCGCUGCACUCCUUUAAAGCGAAAAGAAUCGAGAGAAUAAGAUGUUUCCGAGUUUGUCACAUCGGGGCUCUCCUUGCAUGUGAAGAAGUGCUGGCCACUCCACAGCUACUGAUAUUAAUACGUUUAUAAAUCGAUCGACUACUGCUUUAAUAUUUUUCAUAUAUUACCUAUUGUAUUGACUGUUAUUGACCACUUCAGGGCUGGGGUGCUGUCUGGAGAGAGGAUAUCGUACAACAAGGAAAUGUGUCUGACCCUUACCUCAUGACCGGGUUUGACAAGAAAAUUCUGCACGUCGUGCUCAAUGACAACAUCACUGACACGAUUACUUUAACAGUGCAGGUGGACAUCACUGGCGCAGCAGGUGAAUCAAUUUUUAAACCGAAACUUAAUAUUCAAUAAAAUCAGUAUCCUAACCAUUUUAUUUACUUUACACUCUGCCCAAUAUUAAAAUCUGUCCAAUAGUCUCCUCUGCCCAAUAUUACACUAUGCCCAAUAUAACCCUCUGCCCAAUAUUACAUUAUGCCCUAUAUUACACUCUGCCCAAUAGUAUACUCUGCCCAAUAUUACAAUCUGUCCAAUAGUCUCCUCUGCCCAAUAUUACACUAUGCCCAAUAUAACCCUCUGCCCAAUAUUACAUUAUGCCCUAUAUUACACUCUGCCCAAUAGUAUACUCUGCCCAAUAUUACACUCUGUCCAAUAUUACACUCUGCCCAACAGUACACUCUGCCCAAUAUUAAUUACAUCUAUUGCCGCUUGAAAUUUUAAAUCAAGCUUAAUUAUUCUCACAUGGGCACAUUAAAAAUAAACCACUGUGUUAUGUCACGUAUGCAACGAAUGAUUGAGACCAGCCAGUGCUCACCUCAGUCGCAAUAUCCAGAAGAAAAAAAAGUAUAGCCUUUCGCGUAUUUAUUAUCCCUUUCAAUAGAGUUCUGUGUUUGAAGUUUUGAAAUACCACAAUUAUUCACUCUUUCAAUAGAGUACUGUCAUUGACGUUUUGGAAUACCACAAUUAUUCACUCUCUCAAUAGAGUACUGUCAUUGACGUUUUGGAAUACCACAAUUAUUCACUCUUUCAAAAGAGCUAUGUCCUUGAAGUUUUAGAGUACCACAAUUAUUCACCCUUUCACAGGCCGGGAUAGAGAUUUAACUUUUUUUUUUUUAAAUAGCAUUCACUUAUGUUAGUAGUUUGAGUUCAUUUUAAACUUUUGAUGUUCAUAUAUUUGUAAAUAAAUGACCUUAUCGUACUUUCUUUUCAGGCCACAGAUUGAACGAAAAUUGGAUGAGGUUGCCGUAUGUAUUCUUAUCCUUAUCAUCUAACGAACCGUACCAGUACUUCGUAUUCCCCGAUGGUUUCUCUGCGCACUGGGUCAGGCUCAAGGUUAAAUACGCCCUGGUGCCACGGACAGUGACCGCAUAUUUUUACUAUACAUAGCUGUUUCUGGCACAAUGGGCUCAACGUUUUUUGUUUCCCCCCCCCCCUUUUUUACACAUUUGAACAUUUAAAUACUACCGAUACUGCACAUGUACAUUUGACAGUUUGAUGACUCAUGCCAUACCCAACAACUUACAAAAAACGAGUCCUACUGUCAGUAUAGUUGAUUUGUUUAGGGGUCAUAAUUUUUCUUUUGAUAAUCAUUUGUGUGCAAAUAAAAAUCUGUUUCAUGAACAUAAGUAAAAUCAUAACAAUAAUAAUUCUAAAAUGACUGA